AUGCCUCCGGGGUGGACUGUCAUCCUGCAGACAGAGGACCAAGUGGAAGACGAUCAAGAACGUAGGAAAAGCCGAGCAGAGGGAGAUUCUCACCGGGGGUUGGAAGAAACAGGACACAAGCAUACGGUCACACAUCGAUUUACAAAGCCCACCGUCCAGAGUGACUCCAUGUUCAUAUCUUCGAUAUCCAUGCCAUCAAGCACAGACUUCAAGAAUACCGCUUCUCCCACGAGGCAUAUCGCCAUGAUGCUGUGGGCGACAUUAUGCUGGUAUUUCCACAAAGAGCCUCCCAACCUCCAUGCCCUCACCGAUGCAUCUGCGCUGACGCCAGAGCCCGGAAGGCCCAAGCUGGACUGGCGCAUCAAAAUCAAGAGGGAGGGCAUCUUUAAGGGAAAGAACACGCUGCAGAAGCUGGAGCGCAUGGGGUUGAUUGCGUCCGAGGACUCUUCCGUGGGCACCGACACCGAUACCCGCUUACCGAGCGGCUGGGCAGACACGUUUGUGAGCAGGAGGUCUUUCUGGCAGAUUGAUGCAAGAAUCUUUCUCUUUACAAUGGCACCUCAGUCACAUUCGCCAUUUCCUCAGGCGUCGCCGUAUCCUUCUCGACCGUCGUCGCCAGACCGGAAUGCGACGGUGGCUGUCACUGAUCGCGGUUCUCCCCGUCCGGCAGACUAUGUGACGACUUCGGGCAUAGGCGACAGUUUUACGGCCGGCAUCUCAUCCCCCGGGGGACCAUUCAACUCUGGAAGUCAUUUACCUACGUUUUACCCUCCGCAUCCAACCCAGUUCACCUUUACAAACCACAUACGCCAUCCUAUCCGCCCUAAACCACCGCGUCAGGGUGAAACAUUUUACAGCAGAUAUAUACCCAGCGUAGGUCAAUGGCUAUCCUUCAGGGUCCCAACACUCUCCCCAAAGCCAUGCCCACAUCCUCAAUUUGUGCCUUCAUCGGCCUCGAUGCCGGCUGUCAUGCCGAGUCAUGGCGGGGGAGCAUCAAUAGCUACACUGCCCACCAUGGACAACUUCUUGGACCGUCCGUCGGAUCUGGACUUGCUACACAAGUGGAUGAAUGAUCCCCGAGUGAACGCGGCGUGGGGAGUUGCGGGACCACAGAGCACACAGCACAAAUUCUUAGUCGACAGCCUCGAAAGCCGACACUCGUUCCCGGUCUAUGGUUGCUGGGACGGCAAGCCAUUUGGAUACUUCGAGAUAUACUGGGUCAAGGAAGACAAACUGGGGCGCAUGUUGGGUGGCGAGGUAGGCAACUACACACGCGGACUGCACGUUUUGAUUGGGGAAAACGAGUUCCGGGGCGCCCAUCGAGUCAAAGUCUGGCUGUCUGCCUUGGUACAUUAUUGUUUCCUGGCAGACUCGAGAACUGAGACUGUGAUGUUGGAGCCGCGGAUCGAUAACACGAAAUUCAUCGGAUACUUGAAAGAUGCCGGAUUCUAUAAGCAAGGCGAGGUUACGUUCCCGCACAAGCAGUCAGCCGUGAUGAAAAUCGACCGAGAAUCUUGGGAGGCGCCCGAGCUGUAG